UUUGCCUCGCAUUUUGCACUUUGCGGUCCGCUCGAAAUAUUUAUUUUGGAUUUAACGUGUGCUACUCUUCUAUAUAUACCCCUAUAUAUAAUAUCCGUCUAUAUAUGUGCUAGCACAUAUCGAGAAAUCGCUUCUAUCGGUACCCACAAAUAAUUGGUUUCAAAUUGCCAACGUAAUUUGACAUCAGCCAAUAAAUAAUAUGAAAUAAUCAAAAGGUGUAUAAGUUUCAAAACGCUGAGCUCAUUAUUUCUAGCUAAUUAGCAUAAAAAUCGUAAAAGCUCUAACAGGGUUGUAAAAAAUAUGAUUCUCUUCGAUUAUCACUAAUACCCCGCGUAAUUUAAAGUGAAAUAAACCUGAAAAGUGACCCAGUGACAUAGUUGAAAGCAUCUUAUCAGCAGCCGUAUUUCAAAUCGAAUCAAAUACAAUCUCUAAUACAAUACAAUAAACAAUUGAAACUGCUACAAUUAAUAAAUAUUAUUCGAGGGCUGUGUGGCAAGACCAAAUCACGUGCCUCUAAUUGCAAUACUUGUUCGCGUUAAUUAGUGUUAAAUACACUCGCUAUCGCUUUUGUUUUCUAGUCGGGCAGAACAAUUGUAAAUCUGCCCGAAUAUCAUUUUCCCAGCUGCGAUUCCCUUACAAAUAUAUGCUCCACUUUCAUGUUAUGGAAUUUUCAAUGGAAUCCAAAAAAACUAAAAGGCACAAAUCAAAACCCAAAUGAGCAGCACCUGAGCGAUCCGGCUGGCUCGCCCUCCACCGCCAGUCCCAGCAACAACAACAGCAGCAGCAACAACGCGAUCGCCGCAGCAGCAACAGCAACAGCAGCAACAACAACAACAACAGGAACUGCAGCGGUGGGUGGAGCGGGAGGAGGCGGAGUGGGCGUGGUCGUGGUGACACCAACAAAGAGCCCCCAGCGUAACGCUUUCCAGGAAGAUGCUUAUCAGCAGGCCAACUUGGCUGGCGGCGAUAGCGUCGAUAACGUGGAAUCGGCUCAACUGGAUGGCAAUCCGAGUGGUGGAUCGCCGGGACAGCGUCACUCGAUAAACUCGGCGGAAUACACAUCCACGCCGAAGACCAGUCGGAAGGGUCCGAGUAGCACCAAUGCCAGUGGGACAACAUCGCCAAUUAAUUACCAGCUGCCCGGCGAUGACUAUCCGUAUGGCAUAGAGUAUGAGUCACAGCAACUGCAAUACCAACAGCAGCAGCAGCAGCAACAGCCACAGCAACAGCAACAGCAACAGCAACAGCUACAGCUACAGCAGCAACAACAGCCGCAACAGCAGCAGCAGCAGCAACAGCAACAUUUGCCAGUAAGCGGAGUGGAGCAAUCGCCAGCAACGAUUACCUACCAAAGUUUGCCGGCCAGUCGCCAGAGUUACGCUUCACCGCCAGCUCUGGUGAUUCCCCAGCGGCAGUCGUUGCUUCCCUGGGGUGCUCACUCAAGGAGCUCGAUCAUCAACGUCCUGCCCAGUUAUACCCAAGCCGAGAUGCAUGCCCUCGCGGCCAGCGUGGCCAGCGUGGAGAUCUCGGCUCCACGACCUGGCGAGAUUGUGAUGCGCAAUCUGUUCAGCGAUUUUACCGCUCAGGCUGAGAAGAAGAUCGAGCUGGUGAUGCUGGAGAGUGCCGAUAAGAAUCUAUCCAAGCUGCUGCAACGCGGUGAGGAUCAGCAAUUCGAUCAAUUGCUAUCUGCUCUGGGUUCCGUUGCCGAGCACUGCCUGCCAUCGUUGCUUCACACUUUGCUGGCCUGGCAUCGUCGUCAGUUGUCCGAUAUGGAAAUCAAGAAUGACCUCAAGAAACCAGCUCCGAGUGGUGGCAGUUCCCAGGCGUCGAGCAAUAAACCCACUGUGGACUUGGAUUUUCAACUGCAGCGAAGGGAGGCAGCCGUGGAGUUCAUUUUCUGCCUGGCUCUGAUCGAGAUACUCAAGCAGCUGCCCUAUCAUCCGGGUCACGAGGAUCUGGUGCGCAGCAUCGAGAAUCUGGCCUUUAAGCACUUUAAGUACAAGGAUGGACUGCAGAACAAUCCGAAUGCCCUGAAUAUCCACAUGAUCGCCGACCUGUAUGCGGAGGUUAUUGGGGUAUUGGCCCAAAGUCGAUUUGCCUCGGUGCGCAAGCGCUUCAUGAGUGAGCUGAAGGAGCUGCGCGGCAAGGAGGUGUCGCCCACCACCACCCAGAGCAUCAUCAGUCUGCUGAUGGGCAUGAAGUUCUUUCGGGUCAAGAUGGUGCCCAUCGAGGAGUUCGAGGCCUCGUUUCAAUUCAUGCACGAGUGUGGUCAGUACUUUUUGGAAGUGAAGGAUAAGGAUAUCAAGCAUGCGUUGGCAGGACUGUUUGUGGAGAUCCUGGUGCCUGUGGCGGCGGCCGUGAAAAACGAGGUGAAUGUACCCUGUGUGAAGAACUUUGUAGAGCUGCUUUAUGUGCAGACUUUGGAUGCCUCUACGAAAUCUAAGCAUCGUUUGGCUCUUUUUCCGCUCGUCACCUGCUUGCUCUGUGUCUCGCAGAAGACCUUCUUCCUCACCAACUGGCACUACUUCCUGGCCAUGUGUUUGAGUAAUCUGAAAAACCGCGAUGCUAAAAUGAGCCGCGUGGGCCUGGAGUCGCUGUUUCGUCUACUUUGGGUGUACAUGAUCCGCAUCAAGUGCGAGUCCAACUCGGCCACGCACUCCCGCCUCCAGAGCAUUGUGAACUCCCUGUUUCCCAAGGGCUCCAAAGGAGUUGUGCCACGCGACACUCCGCUGAACAUCUUCGUGAAGAUCAUCCAGUUCAUUGCCCAGGAGCGUUUAGACUUCGCCAUGCGCGAGAUCGUCUACGAUCUGCUGUGCGUGGGUCGUUCCAUCAAGCUGAUCCUCAAUCCGGAACGCAUGAGCAUCGGACUGCGAGCCUUCUUGGUCGUCGCCGACUCACUGCAGCAGAAGGCGGGUGAGCCGCCGAUGCCCAGGACGGUUCCAGCCCUGCCAUCUGGUAACACACUGCGCGUCAAGAAGACGUACAUAAACAAGAUGUUAACAGAUGAUACCGCGCGAAGUAUUGGAAUGUCUACGUAUUUCCCACAUGUACGCAGGGUUUUUGUUGAUAUUUUGAGAGCCUUGGAUGUUCACUAUGGUCGUCCAUUGAUGAUGACAAAUACGCAGAACCAAAACAAGGAACCGGAUGAGAUGCUGUCCGGUGAAAGAAAGCCGCGCAUCGAUCUGUUUAGAACGUGCGUGGCCGCCGUGCCACGAUUGAUACCCGAUACAAUGACUGCUCACGAGCUGGUGGACUUGCUGUCCAGACUGACGGUUCACAUGGACGAGGAGCUGCGAAUUCUAACCCACCAGUCGCUUACGACGUUGGUCAUAGAUUUUCCGGAUUGGCGUCAGGAUGUCGUGCACGGAUACACUCAGUUUCUGGUGCGCGACGUCACCGACACCUAUCCGCAGCUGCUGGAGAACUGCACGCGCAUCCUGUUCAACUUCCUCAACAUCUGGCGUUGUGCCAUUAAUGUAAAUGGGAAUAACACCACCAUAACUCCAAGUGGCGGUACAAAUGUGGCCAAUACAGGACAACCCAAAUUGACCACAGUCACUGCCACGGCCACGGUGACGGUGGUUCAGGGUACAGUGGUGCAGGCUGCAGCAGCUCCGGCACAGGACACCGCCAGCAGUCAGUUGUCCAAGCAGCAGCAUCUGAAUACGGCCAGCAGUGCGGCCUCCAGCAUCACCACCUCCAGCGGCAUGUCGAGCAUCACGCAACACACUGUGCUGAACAUGGCCAGUGAUGUGGCCAAAAAGAAUGAGAUUCCACUGGCCACCACUCUUCAUUUUGUCGAAGGCUUUGCCUUGGUGCUGCUCUGCAACUAUCGCCCGUAUCUGCGCAAGCUGGCCGCCAUGAUACUCAAGGAGGUGAAGAAUCUAAUGCGGGCAUUGGGCAUACCAGAAACAGAGCCACCGCUCAUCGAUGUCAUGGAUCGCUGUGUGCCGGCUAUCGUGGAGAAGUGCCUGCCUAUGCUGCCGCAGACGGAGAAGACUGCCAUACUGAAUGCUAAUUGCAUUGACCUGCAGUGGAUAGCCGAGAGGUCCAGUGGAGUGUGGCUGGCCGGUCUAACAGAUGACAACUCAAAGUCAUCCACCUCCACGCUCAACCUGUCACAGUCAAGUUCAACGGCAAAUGCCUCGGCCACGGUGGCCAGCUCCCCACAACCUCCGUUUGAUCCCUGGGCCACUUGUUUGUUUGGACUGCUGGAAAGGCAGCGCAUCUUGCAGCAGUGUCCAUCAGCAGUGGCACAGGCCUGGCCGAUUUGUUUCACGCGCCUGAAUGCGCUCUACAGUGUCAUAGAUCCCACCCCCGUGAGCGACAAUCGAGCUUCAUUGCUUAGAAGUUCGGCACCCACGAAGAAAGUGCCCACCGAGAGUCAAAAGGAUUCCUACCUACGUCUUUGGAGAAAUCAGGUGGCAUGUGCCAUGCGAUUGGUGCCACAAAUUCCUAGUGUUGCCGUUCGCUGCGCCUCACCUGAUUUGAGUUUGAGUUUACAAGAUCAGUCGGACUCGCGUUCGCUGUCCGAUUCCCUGGACAAUAUACCAUCCAAUGUGUUUGGGCCCGAGGGAAUCGUCACGCGUUUCACGCUGCCACUCUCCUAUGGACGCAAAGAGGCGCGCCAGAAACGACUUGGCUCAUCGCCGGACUCCCUGAACGCCGAUCGCAGUGACAAGUCGGCGAUGGGUAGUGCCUCACCGCAUGCCCUCUACAAACUGGUGGUGCCCCUGCUCCGCUGCGAGGUGGUGGAUGUGCGGGAUGCCGCCGUGAAUGCCCUGGGCCUGAUAAACCACGAUGCGCUCAAGGAUUUGAUGGAGGAGCUGGUGGUGUACAUCCGCGAGGCGGUGGAUCGCAAGCAGGAGAACAUGCGCAGGAGGAGGAGACGGGAUGCCCUGCGCCUGCAGGUGGUGCGAGUGCUGGAGAAGAUUGCCGAGAAUGGAACGUUCGGUGUGAGCACCUGUGUCCUGGAACGCGAUACAAUGUCGCUGCAUCCCACCUUCGUGGAGUACAUCGAGGGCGCCGUGGCCUAUCUAAUGUCUGAGACGGACAAGGACAACCUGAGCAUACGCGAAGUGAAGGCGCACUUUUGCAAUUUCAUACGCAAGAUGAUUAAGAACUUCUCACUCGAGUCCUGUGCCACGCUGCUGUCCCGGGUCCUCAAGCGUAAUCUGUUCAAUUUGUUUGCCGCUUGGUGUGGCAGCUUCUCUAAGCCGCUAGGCAUUACCGUGCAGAUUGGCCAGACCCUCGAGGAGGAGAAACUGCAGUUCAGCGCCCUGCAGGCCAUGUCAGCCUUGCUCUGUUGCGGUCACAUCUUCUACACACCUCAUCUGCAAGACGAAGGCAUCAUAUACAAGUGGCUGGAUCUGCUGCUGACCUCCAAGGACGAAAAGAUUUACCAACUAGCGCGAGAUACUGUGGUGCUGCUGCUGGAAUCGAAUCCGGAUAUGGGACAACUUCUGGAGUGGGUGAUAGAUCGGUGUUAUACGUCGACCCCUCGCGAGGCAGAUGCCUGUUUUCUGGCCCUGGCCUCGAUCUUUAGCGCCAAGGAGUAUCCGUGCGACCAUUACACAUCGGUGAUAACCGUAACCCUCCUGAUGACGGGCUGUCCUCGGGUGGAGGUCCAUGCCACGGCGUUGCAACUGCUGCAGAUCCUGGACAAGCGAUUCUUUGGCAGCGUGGUGGGCACUCUGCACAGCGACAACGAGAAAGAGGAUGACAAGGUGGGCACCCUGGAUGUCCUGCUGAGCAGCGCUUACUGUCGAUCCCAGCGCUUCCUGUCCAAGCAACUGGCCCAGCUGCGACCGGAACUUACCAUGUCCAUCUUCUCAGAAAUUACCCAUCGCUUUCAGAGCGCCAGGGAGGAUGUGCGCGCCCUGCUGCUGCAGUGCCUCCUGCCCUGGCUGCAGAACAUGGAGCUGGUGGCCACCAGUGUGCCGCCCGCCACGCCCCUUUCCUACAUUAUGUAUUUUCCGGAUUCAGGGACGCGGGGACGACGCGAGGGUACCGGUUCAACAGAGGCAACGGAAAUGAUUCUCAACAACCUCUUCUACAUCACGGCCAAGUUCUCCGACGCUCAUCCACGCGACAUCGAGGAGUUGUGGGGCACACUCUGCCAGUUUUGGCCCAAUAAUCUCAAGGUUAUCCUCCGUUACUUGGUAAUCAUGAGUGGCAUGGCACCUACCGAACUGCUGCCCUAUGCCAAGCGGGUGGCUCUUUAUCUGGUGCGCAGCUGUCCGGAUCGAUUACUGGAUGAGCUAAUGGCUGAGCUGCAGACUGUGGAGACGCUCAACUGUCUGAUUGAGCGCACGGAGACGCCACCAUUUUAUCGAUUGACCAGCAUGCGAAAGGCCUCCAGUCACAGUGCCGAUGGCCAAGCUGUUGGCGGGAUUAAUGACUCCAGGAUUCAGGACUUGGCUGUUGAAAAGGGCACCAUUCAUACGAAACGGCACAGCGGCGAAGACCCCAUUAAAAUCGGAACCUGCAAAUCGGACAGUGGUAUUAGGGCAUAUACCCACGCAGCCGCUGCUGCUGCCGCCGCUGCAGUUACUCCAGGUUCGAGUGGCAAUCGUCCACCCCGAGGAGCCGAUAAGAUUCGAGCCGCCUCAGGACCUUCCAUACUGCCCCGGCCGGAAGAUAUACUCAUCAACGAUCCAGAGCUGCGGCAGGAGGAGAAUGUUGAGCUACGCGGAGCAUCGGAUGCCCCGCCAAAUGCCCAUCCGCAUCCACUGCCUAUGCCGGAAUAUGGUGGCUACUUUGCUCCGCUCACCGAGUUCCUACCGGAUGUCAGCUUGCCCAUCAGCGGAUUUCACAGAUGCAACGUGGCCGUUAUGCUGCUCACAGACAUUGUGGUGGAUGGAAUUCCUGGGAUCGACUGGACCCUACAUCUUCCGCUGAUGCUGCACAUCCUGUUCCUUGGACUGGACCACACGCGCAUUAUUGUGCGGGAGCAUUGCAAGCAGCUGUGCGUGAAUCUGCUGAUCGUGCUGGCGGAGCACAAUGACCACCUGACGGUGGCCCGAAUUCUGCUGAACAGCGAGACCAGUAAACUGGACUUGGGACUCACGGUUCCAGCUCUGCCCGUGAUUGAUAACAAUUUCACAGAGUUGCACCAGCAGUUCGACAGCUAUCUGAUGCACGUUAGUCCCCAGGCGGCGGCCUAUGCCUUGCAGCAUAAUCUCUCCAGUUCCGCGAUCAUAGCGGCGCAUCAGCAGAAUCUUUCGCAAACCCCACAGAAUCAGCAGCAAGCGGGUUCCCAGAGCGGACAGAAUACCACGCCUCCUGGCUUGACAGCCACCCCAGCUGCUCUGCAAAUAAAUCCGAAUAACUCGGAGAACUCAGAGGUGCCGCUGAUCCAUCCCGAUGAGCAUGCUCCUCCACAACCAGGCCCCAGUAUGCCCAUUGCCCAUGUGAUCAAGAGCCUGCUGAAGUUCCUCGCCCAGGACACAUGCCAGCCACUGUGGAACUACGAGGAUAUUACGGCAAAAGUGUGGGCCGUAAAGUCUGCAGAGCAACUGAGCUGCUUCCUCAAGCACAUGGUCAAGGUCUUCGCGGAUAGUUAUCCCCAAGCUCGCAUUGCUGAGCGCUGGGCGCAGACUGCCCUCCAGUUGGGACUAUCCUGCUCAUCUCGCCAUUAUGCAGGACGAUGCCUGCAGAUCUUCAGGGCGUUGAAUGUGCCGAUCAACUCAAGGAUGCUGUCUGAUAUACUCUCCAGAUUGGUGGAAACUGUGGCCGAGCAGGGCGAGGACAUGCAGGGAUAUGUUACGGAACUGCUGCUUACCUUAGAGGCUGCUGUGGAUAGCCUGGACUCGGACUUCCGACCCCUGGACGUGAUGAAGGAUAUAUUUAAGAGUACUCCAAAUCUGAAUAACAAAGAUGGCGGACCCAACUCUAUUUUACCUGGCAAGAAAUCCCCAUCUGGCAUGACACCACAAUCCUCGAACUACUCAAUACCCAGUCAUGGAAGGAGCACCAGCUACUCGGUGUCUUACUGUGGUCGAAAGGCCAAUAACUCUCCGUGUGACAAGCAGGUGGAGCUGAGAAACCGAUCUUCGGGAAUAGAUCUGGAACGCAGCGUCGUUUGUAAGUUUGGUGUAGGCGGUGGGGGCGUGGGAGCUGGAUCAGCGCUUUCCCGUUCCCGGAGCGCCCAGAGCCUCAAGAUGCUGGGAGAUACGGCCACGCAGGACGACAAGAUGACCAUAUUGGCGCAGCUUUUCUGGCUCUCCGUUUCCCUGCUGGAAUCAGAUUACGAGCAUGAGUUUAUGUUGGCGCUACGCCUGCUGACCAGGGUGCUGCACCGCCUGCCCCUGGAUCGCCCGGAUGCGCGGGACAAGGUGGAGAAGCUACAGCAGCAGCUCAAAUGGAAUGCCUAUCCGGGUGUGCAUGCACUGCUCCUAAAGGGCUGCACCCACAGUGCCACCUAUGAACCUACCAUCACCCUGCUCUCUCAGUUUGCCCCUUUGCUGACCCUGCCCGUCUGUGAUCCCACCCAGAGCUGCGCCUUCCCCAUGAAUGUGAUCGCCCUGCUGCCGUACAUGUUGCUACACUACGAGGACGCCAAUGAGAUCUGCAUUCGCAGUGCGGAGAACAUAGCUCAGGUAUCUACGGAGCUCGGAGCAAAGCUGGAGAACUUGGGCACUGUGAUGACCCUCUACAGCCGGAAGACCUUCUGCAAGGAGUCCUUCCAGUGGACCAAGUGUGUGGUCAAGUAUCUGCAUGACACCUAUGCCCACAUGGGCCUCCAUAUGGUGGCGUUCCUGAUCGAAGUCCUGGAGAAGGGACCACAACAGGUGCAGGUGCCCGUUUUGAAUGUGAUUCACUGCAUGCUGCACUACGUGGAUUUGUCGGCUCCGCAGGCUCAGACCAUCAAUGCAGAUUUGUUGAGGGCCAUUGGAAAGUAUCUGGAUACGGUUAACUGGAAGGAUUCGCUGAAGAUUCUGAAGCUGAUCGUGACCCGGAGCUCGUCCCUGCAGGUGGUGCCACCCAGUGACGGCAGCAGCGCCGGCUUAUCGUUCUCUUUCUAUGGCGCAUAUCCGGACUCGGAUAUGUUCUGUAAAAAGGAACUGGCCGGUCGCACCAUGGAGUUCACCUUCGAUGUCUCGCAAACGCCUCUGAUCGGUCGUCGCAUCCUGUUGAAGACGGAGGAGCCGGUGGCCACCGGUGCCGCCUCCACCACGGGCAGCUCCUCCUUGAAUUCCACUUUGACGAAUGCCACCACAGUGACGGUGGCGCCAAGUGCUGUCCAACAGCAGGCCAAUGCCCAGAUGCAGCAGCAGCGAUCGCACACCAAUGUGGCGGCCAUGGCAGCCGCAGCAGCGGCACAGCAUCAGCAGCAGCAACAUGCCAUCGGAGCCGGGAGCAGCGUGGUCGGAACACCCAACUCACCACGACGCAGUGCCAGCCUGUCGCCGGCGGAUACGGUGCCGCUGAGUGGAUGGAAACGACCCUGGAUGUCGCAGUGUCGUGUGCGUGAGUGCCUGGUCAAUCUGCUGACCACCUGCGGGCAGCGUGUCGGCCUGCCCAAAUCGCCCUCGUCGUUGAGCACGUCACUACUAACCGGAUCGAUUGCGACCAGACAAAGCGUGAUCUUCAGCCAAUCUUCGGAUCUGAUGGAGCGCCAGUCCUCGGCAGCUUCUUCGACAGAAGAGACCUCGGGUCCUCAGGGCGAUCUGAGCAGUGGUUCGAGGCGCGACGAUGGUCAACCCGAUUUCACCGUCUUCAAGGACUUUGAUUUCCUCGAGUACGAGGACAGUAUUGCUGGCGAGUCCACGGACAACUUUAAUUGGGGAGUUCGGCGCCACCAUGUCUUCGAGGGCGAUGAGGAUCGCUUGAAUUGCGGCAGUGGCAUUGGUGGCUCCAUCAAGGGAGGUCACUCAUCAGCCCUGGAGGACAGCUUCAGUGAUAAGACUCCCAUCUUAAGCAAGAGGAAGCGACAGAUUGCAGAUGAUUCUUCGGAUGAGGAGGCCGAAUCCGAGUCACCAUUGGAUGAGGAUCAUCGUCAGUCGUUCUUGAAGUCUGGCUAUAGUGCAGUGCCGCCCACUUCGCUGAGUCUCAGGGAGCGAAGGCGCCGAAAUUCGGUGUCGAGGAGCGAUACAAGUGGAUCAAGUGCUGGAGAUUUGGGUGACCUCACACCCUGCAAUGCCUCGCCUCAUCUACCCGGCAUAAUUCGUUUUGCAGCCAUACGCGAUGAGGCGGAGGAAAACUGGCGUCUCCAGUUGCAGGCUAUGUUGGUCAAUCAACCCUCGGCCCACACCUCGGAACUGCUGCAACAGUUAUACAGGCUGAUCAAGGAGCUUACCUUCAAGACUAUUAACAUUUCCAAGGAAGCCAAGAAAUUCUUCACCGGCAUUGGCUCACAGCUGGGCAAUAGGAUCUCCCUUUUCACGGAUCUCCUAAGUUCUCGGGCGGAUCCUCCCCAGGUUUGGUGCAGUGAGCUGCAGGCGACGACUCCCAAGCUCUUUGAAACGCUGCGUUUCAAUGUUCUGGAAGUGCAAGAGCAUCUAGAGACCUUCUUUGAUCGCAAAGAUCAGGUUUUGGAGUGUCUGGAUGCCGUGAAGACCAGUUGUAAACUGUCUCUCUUCAACGAGGCAGAUGUUGCUGCUUCUGGCCUGGAGUUGCCCAGCUCCUCCAGCGUAGCCUACAUGCCCUUCGAUCCAGCCUCAACUGAGGUGGUCCUCGACUUGGGCCGUUCCCUUUACAAGCUGAUGUUCCAGCUGCUUCUGCUUAUCGAAUCUAAUCACAAAAUAUCCUCGAAUGUGGUGAAUCAUUUCCGUAUCAACGAAGACAUGCAUGACAUAUCCGAUCUCUAUGCCCUGGUUCGCGAUGCCCUGGUGCGCUACACCUGCGAGGCCGAACUGGAUUGCUUGGAAUCCUCCACCUCAACGGAGGGCGAGCACACGCCGACGCCUUCUCCCGGCUUGCCGAUGACCCACGAGGAGUUUGAGGCUGCCCUGAACGAACACAUCGAUCUGCAGAGGUGGCCCAGCGCUAUAGCUCAUGUGCGUCAGUAUCGACGAAUUUCGACGCUCAACGCCAGCGGUGAUCAAAACCUGACCAUAUUUAGUUAUAGCAGCCUGGACAAUCGCCAGAAAUGCGAUGAUAUGUCCGUGAUACUGAAUGCAUAUGCGCAUGGUAUUAUGAAGGAUCGCACAGCAGAAGCCUUUAUAGUGUCCAAAUCCGACUCGGAACUGUUUGAGAUUUAUGCCAUUCUCUCGGAGAACUUAUAUCACGUAUCCAGCGCCCUGACUAACAUGGAGAUCAGCAUGAAGAGUUAUUCGGCAGGCAGCGUAUCAGGCAAUUUGCAUCGCAGCGAACAGGACAUUGUGACAAAUCUUUAAAUUAAUCUGUAGACUAAGCUAUUCGCAGAUCUAAGCUCCCUUUUAUAUGUAAUCUUUUAGUAUGUAAGCUGCAUACUAGACACUUUGGUGUACGUAAGCGAUCAUUAUUAUUGAAUGCGAAAACAAAUGUGAGUUAGGUACGAUCCAAUAUAUUUAUCAAUUACAGCACAAUAA